AUGGGUGGACGCUGGACAGAUGAUGACGACCUCCCGCUCCCAUGUGUGGGGCAUCUUAUCGUGCCACACCCAGCUGUCGCUCUGCUCGCCUUCCCAUUCGCAGAGAUGGCUCAGACGGCGCACCGCGGGCACGGCAACGCGGGCGCGGACGCGCUCCGCGCAGCGGCGGGAGAGCGCGCGCGCAAGGACGCGCUGGACGAGGCGCGCGCCGAGCGCGAGCGGCUGGCGGAGGAGACAAAGGCGCGCCGGCACCAGCGGCCGCAGCGGUUGCACCCCGCGGCGCCGGGCGACCGCGCACCCUGA